GCCUCCUCCCAGCUCAGCUCUUGUGAGAGGAACUGCUUUCGAGCUCGCAUGCUGUCGAGUGUAGCGGACUUCACUAAAAACCCGAAGCAGCCUGGGCUGCGGCCACUGGACUGCAUGCAGGGUCUGGAAAAAAACUGGUAUACGGACACUUGUAGCAGCAGCUUCAGGACUAUGGCAUGCAUAGGAGAUUUUGACCCUACCAGUGCCAGUAUACCGGCCACCAAAGUGGAAAUUACAGUAUCCUGCAGAAAGCUUUUGGACAGAGACACAUUUUCAAAAUCAGAUCCAAUCUGUGUUUUGUAUGUGCAAGGCAUUGGAAACAAAGAAUGGAGAGAGUUUGGAAGAACUGAAGUUAUUGAUAACACAUUAAAUCCGGAUUUUGUGAGGAAGUUUAUAUUGGAUUACUUUUUUGAAGAACGACAAAACCUACGUUUUGAUUUAUAUGAUGUGGAUUCAAAGAGCAGCAAUCUGGCAAAGCAUGACUUCCUUGGGCAAGUUUUCUGCACGCUGGGAGAAAUUGUGGGUUCACAAGGAAGCAGAUUAGAAAAGCCGAUUGUAGGAAUUCCAGGCAAAAAGUGCGGGACAGUAAUACUGGCAGCAGAAGAACUAAGCAACUGUAGAGAAGUCGUGACAAUGCAGUUUUGUGCCAAUAAAUUAGAUAAGAAAGACCUCUUUGGAAAAUCAGACCCCUUCCUUGUAUUCUAUCGAAGCAAUGAAGAUGGAAGUUUUACAAUAUGCCACAAAACAGAAGUUAUAAAGAACACUUUGAAUCCUGUGUGGCAGGCAUUUCGGCUUCCUGUCAGAGCACUCUGUAAUGGAGACUAUGACAGAACGAUAAAAGUAGAAGUGUAUGACUGGGACAGAGAUGGAAGCCAUGAUUUCAUUGGUGAGUUCACAACAAGUUACAGGGAACUUUCAAGAGGGCAGUCCCAGUUUAAUGUGUAUGAGGUUAUAAAUCCAAAGAAGAAGGCAAAGAAGAAAAAAUACCUGAAUUCAGGAACAGUGACAUUGCUUUCCUUCACAGCAGAAACAGAAGUCACGUUUCUUGAUUAUAUUAAAGGAGGGACCCAAAUCAAUUUUACAGUGGCCAUUGAUUUUACUGCUUCAAAUGGUAAUCCUUCACAGCCCACAUCUCUACAUUACAUGAAUCCAUAUCAGCUUAACUCCUAUGCCAUGGCACUCAGGGCUGUAGGUGACAUCAUACAGGAUUAUGACAGUGACAAGAUGUUUCCAGCCUUGGGCUUUGGAGCUCGACUUCCUCCAGAUGGAAGAGUGUCUCAUGAGUUUGCACUGAACGGAAACCCCUCAAACCCGUACUGCAACAGAAUUGAUGGAGUAAUGGAAGCAUACUAUCAAACCCUGAAGUCUGUCCAGCUUUAUGGGCCAACCAACUUCGCACCUGUAAUCAAUCACGUAGCAAGGUAUGCUGCCUCAGUAAAAGACGGCUCACAAUAUUUCGUCCUACUGAUUAUAACUGAUGGUGUCAUUUCAGACAUGGCUCAGACAAAAGAGGCCAUUGUAAAUGCGUCUUCCUUACCAAUGUCGAUCAUUAUAGUAGGCGUUGGCCCAGCAGAGUUUGAUGCAAUGGUGGAACUGGAUGGCGAUGAAGUUAGAGUAUCAUCAAGAGGGAGAUAUGCAGAAAGAGAUAUUGUCCAGUUUGUUCCAUUCAGAGACUAUGUCGACAGAAGUGGAAAUAACAUUCUCAGUAUGGCCCGCUUGGCUAAAGAUGUACUAGCUGAGAUUCCAGACCAGUUUCUUUCCUACAUGAAGACCAGGGGAAUCAAACCAUUACCAGCGCCUCCUCCAUAUACGCCUCCUACCCAUGCUUUACAGACACAAAUCUGAUGUAGUGAUGCUUCCGGACUUAGUCGCAACAUUUACUUACCUGAAUUAAUUCAGUGCUGCUAUGUCAGGUCUUUGGUCAGGUGCACUAUGAACAUUUCUGGAAAUACUGUUAUCUCCUUCUAAAUGUAUCAGUUUCUUGUUAAGUUUUAGUUUAGCAGGGAUAUUCUCCACAGACUAAAACUGUGGAAAAAUGUCUGUGAAGGUAAGAUCAGUUUUAUGAAUGCCUCAGGCAUAUCUUUACCUUAAACUCUUUUCCCUUUCAGAUGGAACAGCUAAAUAACCAAGACUUCUGAAAUGGUUGGAAUAUACAAGUCCAAUUAUAAUAUUACCAAUUUGUUGCCAACCCUGCCUAAUGUAUAUAUGUAUGGAAUGCAGUUUCUUUAUAUCAAUGUUUACAUGUUAACAAUUUUUACAAUGAAAUACUUUUAUAUAUAAAUAUAUAUCUAUACUUCAUACUAAAUUGUUUGUAAUAUUAUAAUGUGCAACAUAUGCUAGUUUUAAUUAUAAUAAAAAAAAACAAUAUCCAUUUAAAAACAUUCUAGGCAAAAAGUAGUAAUUGCAAUUUUACAUUUCUUCCACGUCCACUGUUUACAGUCUCAUUAUGAUCUGAGACAUCGUUUGAAUCUAGUUUGAAAUAUAAUUAAGGAUUUAAAGUUAUUUAAAGCAAAUGAUAUGCCUCUAUUUACCUGACAUCUUGAAUAGAGCUCUUAUUUAAAAAAAUGACAUUUUGUACCAGAGAACAGGUGUCUACAAAAUAAUUCACAGUAUGUGAUUAAGUCUAUACUAUAUCUAUUCAUUAAUUUAAAAGUGACAUUACUGCCAUGCUUUAUGACCAUGAUGUAUUUGAACAAUCACUUUGAUAACAUUAAGUAUACGUUGGAUCAUUGUUCUUGAUAAGCUAUCCAUUUUCUUUAAACCCUUCUGCUCCUAAUGUAAUUUAUUUUUAAGUAUUUAUGUCCCUUUAACUAUCAUGCUGCUUCAGAUAAAGCACACAAAUCUACAGCUGGUGAAACCCAUCAGUUGAUUGACCUUCAGAACAUUAUUAAGGCAAGGUCACUGACAUCUUGUAAUGGUGGUUAAACUUAGAGAACAGUGAGAAGGUGUAUGCUGCAUUUUUAUUACUUUUACUCUCUUCUGAGUAAUGAAUUUGUGAUAUAUAUAUAUAUAUAUAUAUAUAUAUAU